AUGGGUAAACCUAGAUCUAUGAGUUCGUCGGUGGUGGAGGAGCGGUUGGGGAGGGAAGAUGAAUGGGAUAGGACAUUCAGGAGGACGGAGACGGAGCCGUAUAAAGAGGGGAGGAAGGUUCAGAGGGAGACGGUGGUUUAUGAGAAGGUUGAUUUGAAAGUUAUGGCACCUCCAGCGCCGAAAAAGACGUUUAAGGAUGUCAGCAAUCUGAAGGCGAAAUCGAACCUUGCUGUUGUGAACUGGCUACUUCCGAAGAUCAAUUACAAGACUUUCAUUGCGAAUUAUAGCGAUGCGGUGUAUGAUGGCCAAGUCAGCAGCAAGCUUCUUCCUGCUAUCAACGAGAUCUUCUCGAAUCUUGAGAAAGCCAAGAGUCCGGAAAUGAGACUUGAGGAUUUCAAGGGUAGAGAAGGUGACGUGUCUGCGCUUCGAUGGCUUUUCACUAGUUUCGGAGGCCCGAAUCUUUGGAAAGAACUCGCGACUAUGAUUACGAGUUGUAUUAUCAGGGAGACGAUCGAGGCUAUUUCGAAGAAGCAACUCGCUGAUGUGAAGUCCAAUAUUGAUUGGCUUUACUACUAUUACGGUAUGCUGGAGGAAGACAGUUUGUUCACCGAACUCGGAGGACCGCUUCUUGAGGGCGAGGAGAGAAAAGACAGGAAGGUUUCUUACUCGCAACCCAUCAACACCAGCAUCGAACAGGGGGAGAAGAUGUAUCUUACUCGUGCUCACCUACGAUCGCAGUUAUGGAAUGCGAUCUGGCGAGUUGAUGAGGAGACGAGAGGUGGACAAUCUGAAGCGCUGCUCAGACUUGCGGAUUCGUCGAUGAAGAAGAUCGAGACGAGGGCGGGAAGCUUGUAUCCUGAUGAGAAAGUCAGGGGCGAGAUUCAUGCUUCGUUGAGGACUAUGACGAGGGGAUGUAGGAACAUUGAGAAUCGGAUUGAGGAGGAGAAGCAAGAUAAAGAGCUGGCGAAGCAGGUGCUUAAGACACUCGAGAAGGGUGCUUAUGGUGGAGUCUUCGGCGCUCUGGAUCAAUCACCCAAACAAGAACCGAAGCAGUUUGCCAAAGACGCCGGAAAGGCGAACUCAGACAAGAAGGACAGCGGGGAUGAUAAGGAGACGUCUACCAAGGAUGAAAAGAAGAAAGCAGCAAGGGAAUCCAGAGAAAGAGCAGCGUCUAUCAACAAAAAGCUUGCUAGAGAUGCUCGUGAGAGAGCUCUCGAGAACAACGCCAGAAUUCUACGCGAGAUGAACGAGGUUGCUGUGUUCCAAACCAGAGGUCCUAGGUCACCAAAGGAUAGACAGGAAGGAGCUGCGAGGAUCACGGCUCAAGCUGCACGGGAUGAGGCUAGGAGGAAGUCGAUUGUAGAAGAGCCGGAGGCAAAGGCUCGGACUAAGCAACGAAGGUCUUCGAGGAGCCCUGAGAAGGAGUCGAGUCAGCAUGACGCUCCUAGAUAUCAGGUUAGACGUGGGAAGGAUAAUGAGCUUGUUCUUGCAAGAGCACCACGAUCUGCUGGACAAGCAAAACAGUCAAAACCAGAAACCCUCGGUGACAAGAUCAAAGCAGCAUUCCAAGUACCCGUCGUCGAAUACCGAGUCGAACCAAGAGAAUCCCGCCACGGCUCCUCACCAAGCCGCUCCAACUCCAAAGCCUCACCACCAACCGCCCCAGCCAAAGAAAGAACCGAACACAAAAGACAAAGCACAACCUACCACGACGAGCGCGAUAUCCGCACCUCAGACCGCGACACCCGCCCCUCAGACCGCCCUAUAGGACUCGGUCUCCGCCCCAAAUCCAAAACCUCCUCCCCAAGACCCCACGGCAUCCACGGCCAACCCCUCCGCUACUCCCCCCCAGGCACACCCUACAUCCCCGAAGCGCGCCAACAAUCCCGUCAAACACGCAGCCCAUCUCCAAUCCGCUACCGCGUCCUCCCCCCCACGCCCGGCGCACCCAUAAACUUCUCGCGCAAACAAGUCAGUCCCGGCCCGCAAGACCGACCUACCUCCCCCAUCAGCGAGUUCGGCGGGCAUUCACAUCCGCUGGAAUCACAUCCGAUUGAAAGGCCGCCUAUUGGUUCCUAUUUCCCUGCUACGCCGAAAAAGAAGGCUGGGGAGGAGGACGCGCCGAUGUGGAAACAACUUCAAGAUGAUGAGAGGAAGCUCGAGGAAUGGAGACAGUCGAAGAUGGGACCGCAUGAGCCGGCGAGACAUUCGAGGGUGCCGGAGAAGGGGAUUCUGAAGCCGAAGUGGGCGGGCGAGUUGAGGCGGAAGAAGAGUGUGGGGUUUACGCCGAGUACGAAGAUGACGGAGAGUUUGAGGAGGGAGGUGGAGAGGGAGGAGGAGAGGAGGGGGAGGAGGGGUGAGAGGGAGAGGUAUUGA